ACUUUGAUCUCUAUCGGACUUCUUCCACUGACUGAACGAGUCGGAGAUGCUGAUUUACACUGACUGGGUUGUUCUUGAUACAUUUUUAUUUUACCUUUUGGUUAAUUUCAAUGAAAAAUGAUAGUUACAAGUGUUAAGACGUAUUCCAUGUAAGACGAUUUGAACCUUUUGACUUCCCAUUAUCAUCCAGCAGGUCAAAGAACAACUGAAAACAACGAGUCACUCAGAAAAACGAAUAAUAACGAAUCGAUCGCGAACUGCACGUCACUCAUUUCGACAGAGAGGACGCAGGUGAAUGUACAUCUAAUUGAUAAAAGCACUAUCUUUAAAAGUUCAGACCAUCACAGUCCUAUCUCAACCAAAGCUACAAGGAAAAAGUAUGCAUCCAUGACAACAUUCCAUUCUCAACGCCAUCCUCACUUCAUGUCAUCUAGCCUACCAGUUUAGGUCAUCUUUGAACUGUGCUGGUCACACAAUUGUGCAAUUGGCCACAACCUUAAGUCUACAAGCAACUAUCUUCGCUGAAUGUAUCAGCCUCACUUGAAAAGUCUAUAUAAAGAAGCCUAAACUGCAUUUCUAUCUCUCUCCACUCCUAACCAGAGUGUAUAAUGUCUAAAGUGUGUUUACAGAUUCUUCCCAAUGCCAAGUGCUUAUUCGAUGAGCCAGUGCAGUUGAAAGUUGACAGGCUGAAACCAAGACAGCAGGUGGAUCUGAGGGCAGAAGUAACAGAUGACAAAGGCAUUGUAUUCAGAUCCUCAGCUACCUAUGAGGCCAACUGCAGUGGAACGAUUGAUCUAACAACUGCAUCAUCACUAGGUGGCAGUUACACUGGAGUAGAACCUAUGGGGCUUUUGUGGUCUCUGAAACCAAACAACUUACACACUAAGUUUGUUAAGAAGGUUGUAUCAGUGCCUUGCCUUGUCAACUUCAGUGUACAUUCCAAGGAUAGUCCAGGAAUACUGGCUGAAGUAAUCAAUGAAAGAAGUCUGCUUGCAGAGGGAGUAAGAAGAAUUCCUGUCAAAGAGGGGAAGCUUCGUGGAGUUCUAUUUGUACCUCCCGAAAUAGGUCCACACCCAGCUGUUUUAGACCUAUACACAUAUGGAAGAGGUCUAUCUGAAGCUAGAGCUUCUCUUCUUGCCAACAGAGGUUUUGUGGUCUUUACAGUGUCAUUAUAUGGGGCUGAUGACAAUCCUAAAAACGUGACCAAGAUCCAUCUGGAGUAUUUUGAGGAGGCGAUUCAGUUCUUGAAAAAUCAGCCCCAGGUUUGCGGCUCUGGUUUAGGUUUGUUGUCACUGUCCAAAAGUGGUGAUCUAGCACUGUCUAUUGCCACUUUUCUGCCAGGCAUUGCUGCUACCGUAUGGAUCAAUGGUUGCAAUGCCAAUGCCAUGAUUCCUCUUCACUACAAAGGCACAGUCAUACCUCCCCUAAUGCUUGAUACCAAAAGAGUCUUUGCUACCAAGUCCGGGGCCUUAAAUGUGAAAUAUGUUAUUAAUGACCCCAUGGCAGAGGAUAAUCAGGCAACGCUCAUCCCAAUUGAGAGAGCCAAUGGAAGGUUUCUCUUUGUUGCUGCAGAGGAUGACCAAAACUGGGACAGUUGUUAUUUUGCAGAUCAGGCAAUGCAUCAACUAAAGCAUCAUGGGAAGGAUAAUUACGAGUCAGUAUUUUAUCCUGGAGCAGGACACUACUUAGAGACACCCUACAUGCCCUUCUGCCCGUCCAGUAUUCAUGGUGUUAUUGGAAAGCCUGUUGCGUGGGGAGGUGUGCCCAGGUCCCACGCAGCAGCAGAGGUCGACCUUUGGAGGAGGAUUCAGGAGUUCUUUAGAACUAACCUGGCAAAUGAUAGCAACUUGAGUAAAGCCAAGUUAUAAAAUGUUUAUGCCCCCCCCCCCCAAACGCCUACUACAAUGAAAACAAUAGAAACCCUUCCUUUGGAAGAAGGAUAUCAGGAAUAUUGUCACAGAGCUGUUGCCUUUUAUAAUGACAAGUUAUCCAGACUAUAUUUAAACUGAUUAAUUGCAAGAUUAAGAGAAACACAUCAUUUUAUGUAUGUAUAUUGUUAUGAUGGUUUGUGCCUUUUUCAGAGUGGAUUCACUGUAAAAUAGCAGACAUUCAUGUAUUUAGAUGCCAAACCUUUGUUACUUGCUACUAUUGUUCACUUUUCAUUAAUGUAUUACAUUAAUUAAAGUUACCACUAGCAAGUGCACAUGUAUUAAAUUCCUGUUUGGCCCCCUGUACCAGAGGCAGCAAAGCAACCCCACAUAAUUAUCAAACGUCCCCCUGUGUUUGAUUGAAGGAAGGGUGUUCUUUUCUUUGAAUUCUUAAGUUGGUCUUUGGUAAACAUAGGAAGACCCCACCUCUGAUAGAGACACACAAUACCCUGAUUGAACUUAACAAAAAAACACCCUAACAAGCCUGAAUCCAGGGGGAAAUGUUCUUUGCACGGAUGAAACCAAAUUAGAACUCUUUGGCAAUACAAAUCAGUGCUAGGUUUCCUGACGACCAAUUGAAGCAUUCAAAGGGGUUGCUUUGCUGCCUCUGGUACUGGGGUCCUUGAACGUGUGCAAGGCGUCAUGAAAUCAGAAGAGUAUCAAGGUAUUUUGGAGUCCAAUGUUAAGCACAGUGUACAAAAACUGGGUCUCCUUCGAAGGUUGUGGGUCUUCCAGCAGGACAACAACCGCAAACACACAUCAAAAUGCAUGGAAUGGUUCAAGAAAAAAAACACUGAACUGUUCUGGAGUGGCUAGCAUUGAUCCCAUGUGGCUCAGUUGGUAGAUCACGGUGCUUACAACACCAGGGUUAUGGGUUUGAGUUAUUUAGCUAGGCAAGUUAGUUAAGAACAAAUUCUAAUUUACAAUUACGGCCUACUUCGGCAGUGCUGGGCCAAUUGUGCGCCACCCAAUCACAGCCAGAUGUGAUACAGCCUGAAUUUGAACCAGGUACUAUAGUGACGCCUCUUGCACUGAGAUGCAGUGCCUUAGACCGCUGCGCUACUCAGGGAGCCCGAGUGAAUUGGAGUGGCCAAUAUUGAUUCCAUGUCUGAAUCCCAUCAAAAACCUAUGGCGAAAUCUGAAAAGUGCAGUUGGUCAAAGGCACCCAUUAAACAUUUCAGAAUUGGAGCAGUCUGCAGCUGAAAAGUUUGUUAAACUUCCAGUAGAAAGGUGCAGCAAGCUCAUACUACAAUAAACAUUUGUGGGCAGUUAUUUUGACCAAAGGCUGUGUAACCAAGUAUUAGCUCUUUGAUGGGAAUAAUUUUGUCCAUUAGGUCCAUGCCUUUUUCUUUUCAAAAUUUUUCUUUUCUAAAUUGUAUACUUAAGUUUCAAAAAUAAAAGUGUUUCUACAAUGCUGAAAAUCCAAUAAAAUGGUGUGGAGGCCAACAUAAAUAUAUAUAUAUUUAAGAAAAGUGCAAGGGUGUCAAUAUAUUUCACCGGAAUGUAAUUUGAGAAAGUUAUUCAAAGUUGGGAUAUGUUUUACAUAUUGGCUUUAUAUAUCCCCUGUCAUAUUCCAAAGAAGCAUACUGUUGUUUUUUUUCUUAAUUGAAACAAAUGUAUAAAUGUCUGCACGGACUGGCUCUGAAUACACUGCGAUCUGGUAACAUAUUUUCAAUAAAAAGGUAGAUGUGAAUGAGGGUAACUGUUGAGUCCAUCUAUGGAACUCACUUCAUAAUAAUUAAUUUCAAAAGUUUGCAAGAUUGUAAUGAACUUAACAUUGGUCAAUCCUAUUAUUCGGACUUAUUUUCUAUUCCUAUUGUAUUCCUAAAAGUCAAUGUAUUGUAAACUGUCCUGGGUUGUCCAUAGUAGGCUACAUGAAUGGCUGACCUGGCCAUCAGGCUGUAUUAAAAACAUUGGUAGCACUUUACAUAAUAACUCAAAAUAAAGUGGUAUUAAGAUGGUAACGAGUUCUAGUUACCAAACACAAUUUGCUCAGAUACCCCUUCAUUUCAGUAAAAUUAUUGUUGCAGGACAGUUACAACACAUACUUUGUGCCAUAGUGUCGGCAAGAACUUUGAUACAUAAAUGCAAUAUCUUCUCUAGUAAAUUUGAUCAUAUGCUUGUUUUUACACAGGUAGCCUCUAGAGGGCAGCAAUGGACAGUUCAAUGCACAGUAGGCUUUAAAUGAUAGGAAGAAAAUACUGUGUUAGUAUAUAUGAUAUUUUGAAUGGCAAGUGGCAACAAUGGGUAAAUCUCGUCCUAUAGAUGUACAAGGAAUGUGUUACCCUUCAUUAAACAGUAAAUAAAUUA